AUGUCGGACAAAGUUACAGAAGACGAACAAUUGAUUUCCGAGGCAGCUUCCUGCUACAGACGUAAAGAUUUCGAGCAGUGCCUUUCUAUUAUGGAAAAACUAAAAGACGGAAAACUGAAUGACACAAAGGUAAACAUCAACAAAGCAUUAUUAUCUUAUGUACACAAGUCACGUUAUUCGCAAAGUGAACAAUAUAUUUCUGAUCUGAAACGAAUAGCAGCUUCUGAGGGAAUGAAUCUUGAUGACUGUUUUAAUAAAACAGUCUUAAGUAAACAUAAUUCAGACCGUUCCGAUGAAGCUCACAUUUCUAAAGAUCAGUUGUCGAAUACUGCACCUCAAUUUGUGUCAAGAUCUUCUGUUAUGAUCAACUUGCUCUACAACUACGCUGUUGUAUUGUUUUAUCAACAUCAGUAUGCUCAAGCUGAAAAACUUCUUGCCAACUGUCUUGAUAUCCCAUCAAACUUGGAAUCCGGGGAUGUUCAAACACAGCAUCUAAGAGAGAUUCAGUUAAACUUUCAGUCUUCAACAUGUAUUGAUCAAUCUCCCUCUACUUUGUUGCAAACAAUAGACCUCACACCAUCAAACGAUACUGAUCUAUGUCGACGUAUAGUGCUUCUUUGGCUAGAAGUUUCCUUAAGAUUGUUUCAAACGGAGCGUGUAUUUGGACUUUGUGACUACUGGAUUUUAUGUCUUAAUACAAUGUCAGUAGUGUCAGAAACAACCAGCUUGUCAUCAAAUUCUCAACCACUUACUUUUCCAUCUGAAAAUACUAGCUGUCAAUCACAUAAUCUCAGUAGCAAUGCUUUAUCUGUGUUGAUCGGGAUUCGAAAACCAAUACAACUUUACUAUAUUCGAGCAUGUUUAUUAACAGGACGUUUAAAUGAAGCAGAGUCUGAAUUAAACAUAUUCAUAUCAGAAAUUGAUUCAAAGCCAAAUCAUAACUCUCUUCAAAAGAAUAAUGAUUUUGAAGAAAAUUCCCCCGAAUUCAAAAUUACGCCUGAUGAUGAAGGGGAUAAUUGUUUGGAUGCGAAAAAACCAGCUAAUUCCACAGAUUCAGAUUCUGAAAAUGGCACUGAUCACUGUUCUAAUAUCAUAUGGUCUACUGGGAAUUCUGUGUAUUUUCUUCAAGCUCAACUAGCUUUUCUAAAGGGUCAGUAUAAUGAUGCUGUCAAAUUGCUUACUUCAAUGCCAUCACCUUCAUAUAAUUCAACUGCUAUGCAUGAUUGGGAAUCAAUUAUUGUAAAGAAUAAUCUUUCUUUAAUUCAUCAUCGCACUGGUCGAUAUACUUGUGCUGUAAUACAACUUCGUCAUGCUUUAAAACAAAUUGAUAAAACAGUUGAAUUGGCUGUACAGUCAGAUGACAAAAAUGUAUCUUAUCAACAACUGAAUCAUCAAAAUGAUUGCUCUUCGGCUGGGGAAUAUUCUGAAUUAUUUAACCAGAUUCCAUUACAUGUAUUCAGUUUACUUGAACAUUAUGAAAUAAUUUAUAAUUAUGGAAUACAAUUAUUAUUCACUCAUAGACCUUUAGAAGCAUUCACUAUACUAUCACAAUUGGUUCGUAUUUAUCCUAGAAAUCCUCGUCUAUGGUUUCGACUAGCAGAAUGUUGUAUAAAAUUGCAUUGUCCACAUAACUUAUCACUUUGGAAAAUGGAAUCAAGAAAACGAUGUAUUGUUGAAAGUUUUGGUUCCGGUCCAUUUCGUAAAUUAUUACUUGCUUGUGUAAAUCCACAGACUAUUAAAUCAAAAUUCGAUGAAACAUUAUUAUCAUCUCCAAGUAUGGAAUUUGCUUAUCUGGCAUUACGUAAUGCAAGCUUAUUAAUUCCAGCAUUUGAUAAAUUUAUUACAACAAAUAAAUCUUUAAAUCAUGAUACAAUUCAUUCAUCAUCCUAUGCUUUAACUCUUGUGAAAUGGUCAGCUAAACAAUUUAUUGCCACUUAUCCAUCACCAACACCAUUGUUCGGUAUUGGAUUAUUACACUUCUUGUCAGCUUUACAUGUAAACAUAUCGUAUGUGGCUUUAUGUUUAAAUCAAUUUGUAGACGUAAUAUCUUCUGCAAGUAAUUUGAUCAUAGAUUCCAUAUCACACAAUGAAACUACCUUAUCUACCUUGUCUAAUUCAGUUGGAUUGGUUAAACGUAAAACAAAUCUACCAAAUCUUGGUGUGAUUGCUCCGAAAAUUCAUAGUUAUUUAUCGCGUUUGUAUUAUGCUGAAGCUUUAACAUACAUGGAUAAAGUAGACGAAGCUAUUGCCUUACUACAAAUAGUUACAAAUAAUGAAUUAGAUUGUAUUAUUCAUCGUUUAAAUGGUGUUUGUUUUGCAAGGCCAUUUCUUUUUCCUAAUACGGAUCAUAUUCAUAAGCUUUCUUUUAUCAAUGAUUCAAUGAAGAACAGCUUGAAUGUUAAUCAUCAAAUUAAUCAUUCACUUCUGUUGCCCAGUACAUAUUCACGACAGUCAAUUAUUCAACCUGUGGACUUUCCUUCUAAUGCUAUUCAAUCAUCAUCAUUAUUGGCUUACAAUUUAGCUGUGGCAUUAGCUAUUCAAAAACAAUAUUCUUUAUCAAAACAAUACUUGGAUUUAUCAAUACCAGGUUUGUAUGUCACAGCAAAUGAAGUAGACGGUCGAAAUUGGCAUUUGAGCACUAAUGAACUGUCUGAAGACUCCACAUUAAUCAAUCAUACUAAUAAUCAUCCUUGUAAACUAUUACCAACGGCAGUUAUUUUAUUACAAAUCUAUUUAGCUCUACGUUUAAAUGAUCAAAAACAAGCAAUUGAAUUGAUACGUGACAAUUUCGGUCAUCUUGCAAUGGCUAAUCGGUUAAAUUCAAUAAUUCAUAUGCACAAUAAUAAUGAUAAUAAUAAUAGUAAUAACGAAUUACAUUCUGCACCAUCCAAUGCACACGAUCCUAGUAAUCAUCAUCAUCAUCCUAAUCAUCCUGAUCAUCCACCAAUCAUUGGUAGUGGUAAACAUUUCCCAUCGCAUUUAACUGAUUUACAACAACAAUUGAUGAAAAGUCAACCGAUACAACAUAAUACCACUAAUAAUAAUAAUAAUGGUAUGAUUGCACAUCAAAUACAUUCGACACCAACGAUGCCACAAAUACAACAAUCCACUAUGAGUAAUAAUACUACACAAACAAAUAAUCAACGAAUUAAUUUAUGGACACCAUGUCAACAAUUUCGUCAAUCACAAAUUCAACAAAAUCAAUCAAUGUAUUAUUCACCAUUGUUACAAACACAAUCUACGCUGAAUAAUUAUGAUUAUGCUAAUUGUUGGGAUCCAACUAUAUCAUCAUCAACUACUGGUAUUAUUACAGCGAGUAAUGAAAAUGAUUGGCCACCUUUAUCAUAA